AUGUGCGAGAACCUGAUAGGCAACCCUGAGUGUCUCAGCGACCGAGAGCCCAUCCACGCCCACCCGUCGACGUCCCCUCCGGCACCGGCGGCCACCCCAAAAAAGCCAGAGCCCGCCCACAGAGAGCAUACCCCGCUGCCCACACCCUGUGGAUCCCCAGUAGCACCAUCCGUGGAUCUCGAGGAAGAGGAGCUCCUGGACUAUGGAGAGGCAGAGGAGAUUGACGCCAUUGAUGCUCUCUCCCCUGCUGCCUUUGAAGCCGAAGAUGGGAUGGCUUCACCGGAUCUGCAGCCUAGGCAAGCGCAAGCACCCCGUGGCCUGAGAUCUGACACGCCCUCGGCAUCCGCGACCUCACCACCGAGAUCCGGCGGAUCUGCUGACGGCGGCCGGCCUGCCGUCUCGGACAGCUCGCCGCCCCCUUCGGGUGCUAUCUCCAAUGCGUCAAUUGGAGCGCGGGCGCCGACCAAGCUCAAAUCCAUCCUAGUCCGCCCAGAUCGAGUGGCCACACCGCCUGAUGCGCCUGCUGACCGUCGCAAGUUGGUGUGGCACAAGCUGGCACUAACGGCAACGGAUGUUGCUGCUGCGGAUUGGCAGAAUGGUAGAAGAAAGCAUUGGUGGCCCAAGGAUGCAGCUCUACAGAAGGUGGAUCCUGGGAGCCGAAGGCUUGUGACAGGGGCGGAAGACGGAGCUCUAAGGGGCGCUUUGACCGGCCAGGAUGCUUUUAAAAGGCGCCUCUCGGCCGAUGCUUCAGGUGCCUCGGCGUCGACCAUCAAGUUGCCCAGUGCGGGGACCCUGUGCACUGCCUCAGGUGCAAGGGGCCUGGCCAUCAUAUCUCACGCUACUGCCCCACCCCGCCAUCGCCAGCCCAUCUCUGCCAACCUGCGUGCAAGACUCACCUUCCCGGCCGGGAGCAUCCACAGCCGCAUCACAUUUCCGCCACUUUGCUCCACCGCACCAGCCUCUUCUCCAGCCACUCAGAUCACUUCCAGCUACUCGCCCCGUAGCUUGGCUGAGAUGGAUCCGAUGUUGGAGCACGAUCCUGGACAUGCCUUGCAUCGCCCCAGGCUCAUCCGCUCGCGCUCACCGGCUCCGCGCGCCUGGACCAGUGUGGCGACCACGUUUCAGCGCCUAUUCCAGUCGGCAGGCCUCGAUCCCAUGCUUGAGCUUGGCUCCGCCUGGGGAUGA